CGGUGGUCUGGUGGUCUGGUGGUCCUGUUGCGUGCCCCAGCAAAAGGUCUUGCCCGGGGAAAGGGACAUGAGGCAUACCGUGAGUGCUGUACUGACCCUUCACUUUAGCAGCAAAUGUUUUGGGUCAGUGUUCAGUUGCGUGGAGUUCGUGACCAAAGGCGGGCGUACUUUUUUUUCACAUUCAUAUUUAAUAAAUCUGCCAUUGCCGCUCUAUAUAUCGAGUAUCUGUACAAUCACCUAACGAUACGGGAUUCGGUCUUCGGUCUUCGAUCAGCAUGGAGCAGCAGCAUUGAGAGCAGCAGCCCCACAGGAGUCAUGGGCUGUGCCAGCAGCACUCCCAUGGUUGCAACGGCCGGCAGCGAAAUGCUGAAAGCCGCCACCCAUGUCCGGGAGAAGGGCGAGGCCGUUGUGGAAGAUGCCACUCAGACGCUGACCACGGGCCUGGACACGGCCAAAGAGACGGUGGGCGCGGCCGUGGCGGGGAUUACCAACGAUCUGGGUAACGCCUUCAAGGAGGGCACCCACGCCCUGGACGAGGCCAAGCACAAGGUGAUGGAGGGCCUGCACCUUGAGCAGCCCCAGCCCGCCCAGGAAGAGGAGGCGACGUCGGCGGCGGCGGAUGCGGCGGCGGUGGAGUCUGGCGAGGUCAUGGCCGAGGUGAGCUCAUCCCGAGCCCCAACACCACAGCUGCAGGGAGAUGCGGACAGCCUGAAGACCUCCACCCCGGAGCCAGAGAUCGAGCGGGCGCUGGCCAACGAUGAGGAGAGUCCACCCACGCCACAGCCAUCGCUGGAGGAGCUGGCUAAUCUGAGUGCCCAGGUGGAGUCGAUUGCCGAUGCCCAGCCUCCUCCUCUUCCGCCUUCACAUCCCCAUCCUCCAUCUGCUGUGGAAGAAGCGGCGCCUCCUGCUGCUCCAGUUGAGGCUCCUGCCCCCGCUGCGUCCGUGGAAGGACGUUGGUUUCGGCGCAGGGCCGCGAAGCAGGAGCGAGAGCCACCCCGCCCAAACACCACCGAGUGGGAAAGGUUUGCGGAUCAGCUGGCCAAAAGCAAGAAAUUCAAGCCGUAUGAGAGCUUUGUCCACAGCAAGAUCCAUUUCUCCGUGUACAAGGACCACACGAGCCUCCGGGACAAGCCCGGCCACACGGACGGGCACUUCAGCGGCGGCAACUCGCUGUCCAGCACCUCCCAGUCGGAUCUCUCCAGCGGCCACGUGACGCCGGCCAUGAGCCGCAAGGGUCAGCGGGAGUUCGCCAAGUUCGUGGCCUCCGAGGGGCCGACAAGUGUGUCCAGGGCCAGUUCACGGAUCUCCAAUGCCGGCUCCAGCUCCAGGGCUUUCGACUUCAAUCCGAUGCGUGAUCGGAUCAGUGUUUUUGAGGCCAUGAGUGGAGGUCGCAGUCGCAGUCGCGUGGGCUCGGCCAUCCAGCGGGCUCCUGCGGAGAGGAUAUCCCUCUGGAGUAAGCACGCUGCCGUGGCCGAGGAGGAGCCCCCAACGGCAGCACCUGGCAGGAGGAUGAGCACGGGGAUGAGCACCCAGAGCGUGCUGCGAACUCCCACGGAGUAUAACAAUCCCUAUGGCAUUCGUCGGGCAGUCCGACCAGUAUCUCAAACGAGGAGCAUCAGCAGAAUGGAAAAGCAAACUUCCUCAGUGACACCCAGAAAACAGGGAUCUAAAAGAAAUCCUUCCCACGAACCUUCACACAGAGAUGUGGCUGUGGCUUCCAGAAUGCCAGUCCAUGCAAAGGAAAGGAGGCAUCCCAGCGAGGAGAAGGAAACAUCCUGUAUCCCGCCACCAAUGGUGGAGCCACAAGCGAAGCAACUGAAGAACUUAAGAACGUUCCAGAUUCCCACACCUCUGGAGGAGAUACCGACCGAUCUCAGUCCAAGUCCCACUGAAGAUGGUUCCUCAACUCGAACUCUUCCAGCGAACCAACAGCAAACCUCUCUACCUCAGACACACCACAGAAAAGAUUUAUCGCCAGAAGGCACCUCCACAUCCGCUUCCACUGCCAAGAUGCCGCCAUCCUCCAAUUGGAAGUCACCUUUCACCCCAAAGAUGCGGACGUCUUCCACUCGGAAGAUCCAUUCACCCACCAAUUUGAGAAUGCGUUCACCUUCCACUUCGCGAAUGCGUUCUCCUUCUGCUCCGAGAAUACAUUCACCUUCCGCUUCGAGAAUGCAUUCACCUUCCGCUCCGAAAAUGCAUUCACCUUCCGCCUCGAAAAUGUACUUACCUUCCUCUACAAGGACGCAAUCACCAUCCAAUCAGGAAAUGGAGUCACAAUCAGAUAUGAGAAUGGAGUCACCCUUAAAUCCGAGGCUGCAGUCACCUGCCACACCAACCAGGCUGUCACCAUCCAACUUGAGAAUGCAGUCACCUUCCACACCAAAGAUGCAGUCGUCUCCUGCCGCCGCGAUACCGGCGUCACCUUCUCCGUCUCGUGCAUCGACGGCCAAGUCAUCGGACAGCAGCCUGGACGUGGUUGUCCGGCCCAUGAGCAAACUCAAUACACCCAGCAUGAAGUCCCUGACGCCCGACCAGGUUGUGAUGGCGGAGUACGAGGAUGCCGCCUUAGAGGCGGCCCUCGCUAGGCUAGAGCUCCUGCGUGGAUCCACGACCACUCUCAACACCCUCCGAUCCUGCAGCCCCGGGCGUCAUACGUACACCGCCUCCCUGCUGAGUUCGAGGCGGACUUCCCCGUGGGUCAUGCGCAAGGACUAUGGGUUCUCCAAAGACAAGGAAAACAACAAGCCAUCGACUGCAGUGGCUGCAAGUGCACCAAAGUCCAUACAGCAGACACACGAAAGGUGCGACAUUUGCUCGAAUGAGUUUGUGUUGAAUUGACAGAUACACAUUUCGAAGAUGCAGAGAUACAAAUUUUUUUUUCUAUAUUUAAGCAGUUUUAGAACGAUGUAGGGAAUGAUGUUUACAAAGUACAAGCUUUACUCUCAGAAUAAUUACCUGUUGUCUACUUAUAAGUAUGUGAAAAUACUGCCAUUAUACAUACAUUAUAUAUAUAUCCAUAUAUACAUAUA